GCUCAAUGUUAGUGGGUGAAUUUGAUCAAUUACUUCAGGAAAUCUUGAGCUGACCCAAUGAGAUGGGAGCAGGUCCCAGAAAACAAAUGUGACAUUCUUGAUUCUAGGUGCCUACAUGUAUGGGGACCAUUUAGGGCCUGGUGUGAGAAUUAUCUUGGAUGGCGUUCUCAUGAAUGUGGUAUCCAUAUAUCUUAAAUUUGACAUUGAACUGAUGAAAUCUCAAAGACAAACACUGACAACACUGACUUAGAUGACACAUUACUGGAUAGAUAGAUGGAUAGAUAGAUAGAUGGAUAGAGAGUGAGAGAGAGAGCAAGAGAGUGAGCGAUAAUCAGAUAGAUAGUUAGUUAGUUAGUCUUGUGCUUUUUGAACUUUAAAUUCUUAACUUACUCUGAGCUUGUGUGAAGGGAGGGUGUUGAUACUCUUCACUCCGCCCUACUGGUCACUGUGAGGUUAGUUUUCAGUUCACUGUGACGGUCAGUGACACAGAACUAUGUGAACCGUUGAUGCUGCUGCUGCUGCUGCUGCUGCUGCUGUUGAGUUUUUACUGCAGUAGGGAAGAGGAUAAGUAGAAUUGUUGCCCUUAGUCAACGACAACUAAGUCGGGGGAUUAAGGGGAAGAGGAUGGUUGUGUGGUGUAGGAGAAAACAGAGGCUUCGGAAUGCCACAGACUGUUUCUCUGCUUCCCAUCCUGCUGGCACUCAUGGGAUACGCCUUUGCAGGGCUGAGUAUCUGGCCUUCCUUCCACAUUGCACUCAGUAACGCCAGUGUCUUUGUGGACUUCAGCAUAAAAUCCAACAUCAGCACCAUCCGCAACACAAGCCUCUCACUGGUCAACACGCAAACCAACACAACCCUACAAACCAGGACUUUGCCCACUAACCAAUCAUCAGGCAGAGUGGAGUUCGACUGCUCCAGCUUCCUGUAUGCAGGUACUUUUAGAUUCCUGUUGAGGCAGAUCAUCGACACUACUGAAUCUCAUGCUAAUGGCUCAGAUGUUAGGACCACAGAGAUUACCACCUGGUGGUGGAGUUCAGAACUGCAAGUGCAGUGGCCGACCUUUCACAUUGCAGUUGCUAGAGCAGGAAACCACUCUGGAUCAUUUCAGGUUGGAAUAUCUACUAAUGAACAUUUCCAGGCCUGUUCCAGUGGGCUCGACUCUGCUCUCUUUUUGGAAGUCAGCUACAUGGAAUACAACCAGAUUGGAAGAAACAGUAUUGACAAAGUCAGAUCUCGAACACGACACCCGAUCAAACCCCUGCGCUCUCAGAGCAUGGAGCUGCCUUGUGCCUUCCCAUUUACAGAAAAAGAUUUCAUACGUGUGGCUUUGCGCUCUCCACACACAGCACAGGAAGUGAGGAGCUCUGGGCCCCUCUACCUUUCACGCAUCUUCUCCUAUAAGCUGCUGGUGGAGAAUGCUAAUGCUUACAGGAGUGCUUGUGAAGGAACCAUGAGUGUUAAACUGAUAACACCACCAUGUGCUCACAUCAGUGGAAAAGUAUUACUCUUUAAGGAUGUGGGUGUUGGAAAAGGAUUGACUGGAGUAGGUGGAACAUUGCCAAUGGAGUUCGGUCCAGAGGAGCACCUGUCUCCUCCGUUGGCCUUUAACUGGCUGACUCAGGGCGAGAACGAGACGGAGUUCAACUGUUCUGUGUUCGACACGGGAAGAAAUAAGUACUGCUUCCGCUUUGUCUUCAAUUUCAGUCGCUCACCUAGUCCAGCACAGACAUGUUUGGUGGUUCAUAGAAGCACAGAAACUUGGGGCCCCUGGCUGCCGUGGAGUGUGUGCAGUGUCAGCUGUGGGGAGGGUGUGAGAGAACGGACACGGGCUUGUUUGCUGCCCUCAAGUGUAGGAGGGAUUCAGUGCACUGGCAUGGUGAAGGAACAGUCCCUUUGCUCACUGGAGGACUGUGCUGUUUUGCCUGCUCCUUCUCCAUCUCUCCACCCAACUUCCAAUGGAGUUUCAACCCUUGGUGGAAACAUGGUUGUAGUGGUUGGCAUCACUCUGUGUCUGGCUGUAAUUCUGGUUACUGUUGUGGUGACCGUUUGGAGAAAGUUUUGCCAAACUCCUCAGUGCAGCUCUGUCCGGAGGAACUCUAUGCAUUCUCCAGGAGGACGUAAGUUGUCUGAUGAAGCCUCAAUCUGUGGACACAGCCUACAAAGGCCCAGCCUUACAGAUGGACAGGGCCAAAGGAACAUGGGUGUCGGUGUAUCCUUGAAAGACAGGCCUCAAUUGACUGGUCAGUCUUUGGUAGUUCCUCUCCCCCAGGAUCCUGAAAGGUUGUCACCCACAGGUCAGAAGGUGCUUCCUCCUAUAUUUGGGUACCGAUUGGCUCAGCAGCAGCUCAAAGAAAUGAAAAAGAAAGGUUUGAAGGAAGCUACUCAGCUCUACCAUGUAUCUUCAAGCCCAGUCCAUGACACCUUGUUGGAAACAUCUGCUUCACCCACCAACUCUCCAACUCCCAGCCUUCCAUUGCCCCCCCAGGAUGAUGCCAACGACAGCAAUUUCUGUGUCGCAGCUCCCUUUAUUGAGCAGCUAUCAAAGAAUAUGAGAGUCCUGCCUGAGAGAGUGAGUCCCAGAGUAGAGCUGGCUCUAGGUCCUCCCAAGUCUGCAAAUGGAGGAAGCUCAAGAUGGCAUGAUCGAACCGCACACUGGGUUGAGAUGGUGGAAAGGAGUGGAUUGGCAGGAGUCAGAGGAGGGGACGUAGGAGAGGGUCAACCAAGGAUCAACUUCAAUCACAGAAAUCCAAAUUUCCGCAGGACCUCCAGUUUUAACCAGACUCUACAGUCAUCCCAUUCUAGACCCUUCAGAGAGCGCAGCAUGACCCAGGUGGGCUCCAGAACUCUGCCUGAAGCAAGUUGGACCAAAGGAGGAUGGGAAAGACAUCCGUACCAAUCCUACCCCAUUCCAGAGCAUGGGACCUCAGACUGGACCCAAUAUACAGCCCAGCAGAGACAUAACCAGAAGCAGCAUUUGUUGGAGAAAGAUGCUGUCUCACACAAAAGUGAACUUAAACAUACAGGAACCAACACAAACAGCACACACAUAUCUGAGAAACUUACCAGAUGUGGAGGUAAAGAUGGGAUGUCCUGGGUCGGAGGUUCAUCUGCAGGGCUUUCCAAUUCUUUUCGGGCAAACCAGCUUGGAAUGGAUCGGGCAGAGCGCGCUGAACACAACUGGAAUCGUCGAGGCCCGUCACCGAUCCAGAGGAACAUUCUGGCCAGGAAAUUGAAGGAGGCUCAGUCUGGGUCUGGAGUGAAGGGCCGGCAGCGAAGUGCAACGUUCAGCACAUCAUCAUCUGAGCAGAGGAAGGAUCGCUGCCGCUCUCUGCCAAUGUCUGGAGACUACAGCAGCAGUGGAGAUUCACCCUUUAGGCUGAGUGAGGCAGAGCAGAGGAUGUUGGACCUGGAUCUCACCUUAUCCUUCAUGGGUGAGGAGAUGGAGUAGAUCACACUGGACAGUAGCACUGUAAUAAUGUAAACCUAAUGAGACAGAAGACUAAAACAAGUGCUUGGGUUUUUGGUUUUGGAAAUGAUUCUUACAUACUUGAUUAUAUGACCACAAGUUUCUUUGACGAACAAAUACAGGGAUAAUAUAAAGAAAAAAACAAUUCUGAAUAUUAUAAUACAAUGACAGGAAAUACUCCAGAACAAAAACUAUUGUUCUGCAGUACUAAAUAUGAUAAUACUAUCACCUUGUUUAUAUAUUAUAAUAUAUAGUAUAUAAGCAAAAUAAAUAUAUACACUAUUAUAUACUAUACUAUAGAAAUCAUUUUUAACUUGAUUAAUCUAGAGCCACCCUUUGAUUAAUCAGAUUAUUAUGAUUUAUCCAAAUUAAUCAAGAUUCUUAAAUGACAAAAGUAAACUUGUCCUGGGUGGUGAGAUUGUAUUUUAAGCUCAGGCUGCUUCAGUGAAGUACAGUACUAUUUCGCACAGUGUGUAAAUAUCAAUGUGUGUAUUGGAAUUAUUGGAUAUGACGUAAUUCUGCAUAGGUGUAAAAAUGUUAUCUGAUUAAUUCAACAAAGUAAUUCAUGGGAUUUAUGCUUUUAUUUUGACAAGCCCUAUGUUUUUUCCUGUUUUUUUUUUUUUUUGCUAAAUAUACAUGUAAGAACUGUAUAAGGACAGUUGAAGAUAGACAUAAGCACAGGUGAUAUUUUAUUGUUUAAAUAUUAUAUAUACUGAAAGAAUGGAAGUGUACAUUAAUGCAUAACAACAAAUGGAUAAAAAUAAAAUAUUUGGAAUAUUGAAA